CAUUUCAAAGUUGAAAAUAACUGCUUUAUUUUUGGAUCUCUCUCUUUCUCUUUUUAUCUUUCAGUCUCUAUUUCCUUUUUCCCCUUAUUUUUCUUCCCUGUACUAGGAGGAGAUGUGAGUGUGAUUUGUAGAGAAUGCAACCUGUCACUCCCCUUCCAUGGAUGUCUCUUAGACUUAGGAACCUGCAAAACAAAACCUGGUCAGUUUUGUAUAAAAGAGAUCUACACUAAACUUGGCAUUCAAUGGUAUUCCGUAAAAGGAUGUACAAGGCACCACAAUCAGUGUUUCAAGAGAAUUGUGACAACUUAUGAAGUUCACUCUACUCACUGCUGCCAUAAACCUUUCUGUAAUUUCUGAGCCAGUGGCCCAUAUGCAGAUUGUCUGACUGAUCCAUCAAUCUCAUAGCCUGACCCGGUUAUCACAAGAUGGUAGCCACCGUCAAUUAGCCCUCUACGAAAACCUCAGAUCUUUGCAGGAUGUAGAGGUUAUAAUCUGAAAUUGCCUUUGGUUUUCAAGGCGACCACUCUUGCCCACACCACCUCUUGACUCAUCUCGGAAAUAUCCCUUUCAACACCAUCUUUCUCCUUCCUCUUUCUGCUUAAUUCCCCUUUCAGCCACAGGAGGUCUCAAGGUUAUGAAGAAGUAAAAACGUUAGUGAUUACCCCGGUCAAACUACGCAUAUCAUCUCUAAUUAGUUUAUUCCCCUAAAUAUUCCCAUGCUCCAAAAUCGAGUUACAAAUGAAUUGUAUCACAAGAUACCAAGUGACUUGAGUGUGUUUGUUUGGUUUCCAAAGCAAAGUGACUUGCUUCUUCUGAGUGAUUUAUGUUCUGGGAGAAACUGACUUAACAAAUAACGUAGGAAAAAUAAACUAUGAAUCAGCAAGCCAGGCCUGUGGGAGCAAUGAAUCAAAAUGGCAAAGAGCUGAAGCACUUGGGAAGGUUGGCACUUACAUCCCCCAUUUGUCUGGGAUUUGUCCAAAUUCCGAAAUUUCCUUAAGUACAACUAAGUGGUUUGGCUCAUCUAAUUUUGGCAAAUUAAUCAAUACAAAGUAAGAAGGUGAAAAGAUUGACUCCCUCCCAUAAAGAAUUUAAAAGGAGUAUGAAUAUGCUUUGAAAUACAUUUCACACUUUUUAAUGUGUUGCAUAUUUUAUUAUUCACAUUCAGUGCCCUACAUUUGCAGCUUGGUUAUUGUUUUUAAUUUAAAGUUGUCCUUCUAUUUUCAGGAGUGUGAAAAACCCAAAGAUAAAUAAUAAAUGUCAAUAAAUUGUCUUUUUUUAGGACCAUCAUCUCACACAGUGGGCCCCCAAAUGUUUUUCUAUAAAUUUUGAAGAAAAACAAAGAUUAAAAAAAAAAAGAACCCAAAGAAACCAGACUUCCUUGUCCUGCACUCAUUUCAGCUAUAUUCCUUAGACAGUAUUUGUGAACCCACUAAAGCAAUCAAGUUCUUCAACCCGAGAUUUUAAACUCAGUUACCCUAUUCUGUCAUUUUUUACAUCAGUUACAUUGGUAAACAGCACUUACCCUGAUCACUGAACUUCACGGAGAACCAUCUUUUCCUCCUCCCUCCCUGCCACCCCUCACCCUCUUUCCUGUGUGUGUAACAUUAUUUAUCCAGCCUCGUUCUCAAUUCAGGUGAUGUACUGGGAAGAGAAGUAGGAAGCAGGGGCUAGUUUUUGUUUUGCGGCACUAACAAGCUAUUGACCUUGGCAAGUCACUUUGACCUCUCUGUGCCUCAAUCUGCCCACCUAUAAGACAAAGAGGAUUGGAUCACAUCAUGUCUUAGAUCCAUCCCUUGCAGCUCUAACAUUUUAUGACUCAACAUCGUCUAACAUCUCUUCACUGUGGUUUGCUUAGAUUAAAAACAAGACUCUUUGCUGAAUAUAACCCUGGUGGCAUUGUGGUUAAGUGCUACAGCUGCUAACCAAGAGGUGGGCAGUUCAAAUCUGCCAGGGGCUCCUUGGAAACUCUAUGGGGCAGUUCUACUCUGUACUAUAGGGUCGCUAUGAGUCAGAAUUGAAUCGACGGCAGUGGGUUUGGGUUUUUGCUGAAUAUAGCUCAUGAUAUAGGUCCUGGCAUAUGAUCAAUGCUAAACCAGCUCUAUGUUAUCCAGAAAAAACAAGGAGAUAUACAAGCCACGGCAACAGUGACUGUCACUGAUGGCAUUCACCUGCAGGGCAAUUUGACCCCAAAGUCACAAGAAAACACUGAUUUUCACAUCUUUUAUGUGGAAGGCUGAAUAAUGCCCCCAAAGAUGCCCAUGUCCUUAUCCCAGGAACCUGUGAAGAUGUUCCCUUACAUGGCAAAAAAGACUGUGCAGAUAUCAUCAAGUUAAGGGUCUUGAGAUGGGCAGAUGAUCCUGGAAUAUCCCGUGGACCCGAUGUAAUCACAAGGCUCCCUUUAACAGGGAGGUGGAAGUGUCAGAAUCAGAGAAGGAGAUGCAACUGUAGAAGAAGAGAUCAGAGAGAGAGAGAGGUUUGAAGGUGCAACACUGCUGGGUUUGAAGAUGGAGGAAGGGGGCCACAAGCCAAGGAAUGCAGGCAGCGGCAGGGGUGGAUUAACCAGUCAGCAAGGCACAGGUAGGUUUACAGUAAGCACAGUAUGCAUGGGCUUACUUGUGUUUCCGUACUAAUCUGCAGUGCACAAUUUCACCUGGGUUUCACCACUUCCCUGAUGUGGUGAAAAACAGGUGAAAUUAUGCACUACAGAUUAGCAAGCAAGCACAAGUAAGCCUGUGCAUAUCUUGCUUAUUGGGUAAUCUGUCCCUGACUGGCAGCCUCUAGAAAAUGGAAAAGGAAAGGCAACAAAUCUCCCCUAGAGCCUUCAGAAGGAAUCCAGCCUGCCAACGCCUUGAUUUUAGCUCACGGAAAGCCAUCCUAGACUUCUAUGCUCCAGAACUGUAAGGUAAUAAAUUUGCAUUGUUUUAAUCCACUAAAUUAGUAGUCAUUUUUUCAGCAGCAAAGGAAAUGAACACGCUUGAUCAUGCAAUGCAUGUUGUGACACUCUUCCUCCACACAGGUUGAUACAUCCAAUAGUUGAUUUACAUGGGAUCUGAUUUCAAGAGAGGCAACUCAGUGUCAUAUUGUGUUUCUUUCAUUCUAAAGGAUUUCUCAGUCUUACUUUCCCUGGAAACACACAAAUGGCCUAAAAAAUACUAAAUCCAUUGCCAUUGAGUCAAUUCCAACUCAUAGCACCCCUACAGGACAGAGAAGAACUGCCCUAUAUGGUUUCCAAGGCUGUAAUCUUUACAGGAGCAAACUGCUUCUUCUUUCUUCCAUGGAGUGGCUGAUGAGUUCGAACAACCAAUCUUUCAGUUGGCAGCCAAGUGCUUUCACCACUGCACCACCAGGGCUCUAAAGAUGGCCUGCAGGCAUACAAACAUCUUUUCAGCUUACACCUCCCGAUCAUGCCCUUAUCCAUUCAAGAUUUCUUCAGUUGACAAUUUUAUUCUUUUUAUGUCCUAACAAUAGAAUACCAAAUCAGCCUGAAUUUUAUAUAUUUCUAAGACAUCAAAUCAAAGGGCUAGUGGAUCUGAGGGCCUCCCUUCUGUGAAUACCAGGUUGCUUGCUUCUUGAUUAUAUGUUUUUUUCUGCAUCUGAAAUAGAAACCUCAGCGAUAAAUGCCUCUUAAUUCAUUAAAAAAAAAAAAAACUCAGCAAUUAUUAAGUAGACAGGGGGCAUCUGGAGGAUGUGGCAGGAAAGAGAUCAAAAUUAUUCUAUUAGCAAAGCAGAGAAGUAGCAUCUUUGCCUGCUAGAACUCAGUUACUAGGUUUUCUAAAGUCCUGGAAAGCACAAGUUUUAUAAUUGAGGUAGCCAUUGCUGUUUUCCCCAUUGUACUGAUGAGACCUCCUUAAAGUGCUGAAGAGCAAAGAUGUCACCUGGAAGACCAAGAUGCACCUGACCCAAGCCAUGGUGUUUUCGAUCGCAUGACAUGCAUGUGAAAGCCGAAGAAUGAAUAAGGAAGACCAAAGAAGAAUUGAUGCCUUUGAAUUGUGGUGUUGGCAAAGAAUAUUGACUGCCAAAAGAACAAACAAAUCUGUCUCAGAAGAAGUACAGCCAGGAUGCUCUUUAGAAGCAAUGAUGGCGAGACUGCAUCUUACAUACUUUGGACAUGCUGUCAGGAGGGAUCAGUCCCUGAAGAAGGACAUCAGGCUUGGCAAAGUAAGGGUCAGCAGAAAAGAGGAAGGCCCUCAAUGAGAUGGAUUGACAAAGUGGCUGCAGCAAUGAGCUCAAGCAUACCAAUUGUGAGGACGGCACAGGACCAGGCAGUGUUUCGUUCUGUUAUGCACGGGGUUGCUGUGAGUCAGAACUGACUCGACAGCACCUAACAACAACACAACAACCAAUGAGAAGUCUGAGCCUCCGUGGCUGAUAGGUGGCAGAGUAAGAAUUUCUGGUGAAAUGCCAUGAUAUCUUCCAAACCAGUUGCCAAGUUGAUUCUAGCUCACGGCAACUCCACGUGUGACACAAAAGAACUUGCUCCACAGGGUUUUCAAUGGCUAAUGUUUUGGAAGUAGAUCACCAGUGUUUUCUUCUGAAGUGCCUCUGGGUGGACUUGAACCUCCAACAUUCUGGUUAGCAGCUGAGUGCGUUAACCGUUUGCACCAUCUCACUCAUCCAUAAAUGUUAUCUCUGAGAGAACCACACGAAUGGGCAAGAAGCUGAGCCUCAAGGAAGGUGUUCCUCAGAUUCCUUAGGCUAUGCUUCAAGCCCUUGAAGGAAACACAGGCACAAAAAAACUGAAGGAAAUGGGAUGGCUGAUGACUAACCCUGAGCUUCAUAGCAACUCUGGGUCUGACUAAGGACUUUGAACAGGAAGAAAUACUCAGUUAGAUAAUGAAGAGUUAGAUAAUGAAGAAGAGUUAGAUAAUGAUGAAGAAAAGUCUGGAAAUAUGAAUGUUGCAAGCCACAUAAACACGGAGCCAUCUUUAGUUCCUGAUUUUCCAUGGUAAAGGACUUCAUGGGCUAAUGCCUGUAUGGCUAGAACUGCAGGCUGACAGAAGAUGUUAGCAACAUGGUAAAACACCCAUAUCUUUGGGGCAGUCUGGGGACACGUUAGGACUGACUGUUCAGAGUAGUGCAAGCUCCCUCUCCCAAUGGCUGACUCAUAUGCCAACAAAGUCUGCAAGUGAAGAUUCUAGAGGUGGAUAUACUUGCUGGCAGACAUAUUUUUCCCCUCUUGUAUAUUUCAUGAUCUUUGUAGAUCACCUUCAGUUUGGCUGAACCUCAAAUCCUAAAGUUCCAAUUAGCAGGACAAAUAUGGAAAGGUAAAUCCACAUUCUAUCCUUUCCAUAACUUCCUGGUGUGAGUUUAUCUUCCACCUUCGCACCUCCACACCGAAUAAAGGUAGUCUGUCUGCCAUCACAAAUUACCGUGCAGAAUAGAACAACUAAGUUGAGCUGUGCCUAGCAAUUUUGGUGUCAGGGCAAGCAUAAAACAUGCCUUCAAAUUAACUUUGCAGUUCAGGUCUCUACUGGUUAAGUGCUACGGCUGCUAACCAAAGGGUUGGCAGUUCGAAUCCACCAGGCGCUCCUUGGAAACUCUAUGCGACAGUUCUACUCUGGCCUAUAGGGUCGCUAUGAGUCGGAAUCGACUCAACGGCACUGGGUUUGGUUUUUUGGUUACU